UCUUCUGAUCUACUAGUAUAAAAACGAGGUGAAGUUGCAUAAAUUAAAGCCCAUAUCCAAAAAUCAUAUAUUAUUCACUCAACUAUACAAAAAAGCAUGGGUAGCAACAACUUUUCUCUAAUUUUCUCACUUCUCAUCAUCACUUCCUUUCUCUGCUCCACUACUACAGAUGCCUACACGAACUUUCUCGGUAACUUGUUCGGGAAUGCCGCCGAAAAUAAUGAACAUCAGCCAACGACGUACAAGGUGGCAGGCCGCCGUGGAUUACUAAGUGGUUUCAUCCCCAAGGUCCCCGUAAUUAACACUAAUUCACUUGCGGGCGGGUUUGAUAAUCUAGUUGCAACUCCGCAUCCACCCAGCAAGGGGGCAGGCCAUGAUGGAUCACCAAAAGGAGAAAAAACUACUCAAAAUGUUCAUCCUCUAGGAAUUCCUGGACAAGUGCAUUGAGUGCCGCCACGAAAGUGAAGUAGAGAAGCAAUAUAUAUAAUAUAAGUAAAUAAGCAGCCCUUUAAUUUGCAGACUACUUCACAGGCCGGAAGGAUUUACUAUUAUUUUAUCAAAUAUUAAAACUAUUUCCUGUUCAUCCAUCUAUCUGUACUCAAUUUAUAUAUAAUAUAUGCAUGUGUUGUUGUA